GACGACACAAGAAAAGAAAAGUAGAUGAUUAAAAAAAAGAAAAGGAAAAAAGAAAAGAGGAGAGUGGGAAAUUGAGUGAGAUAAUAUAUGAAGAAAGAUUGUAAUAAGUAAUAACGUGUAAUACCGAAAAUACCCAAAUCCCCAAAUAAAGAAGAGCAAAGACAAUUCUCCAUUUUCGUCUCUAUAGCAACAUCAAACACCUUCUUCUUCUUCUUCUGGUGUGAUCUCGAUUUUUCACAGUGCUCUCUCUCUCUUUCUCGAUUUCUUCACACCGUUAGGUCAAUUGCUACAAUCUUCAUGACCGUCAUGACUCCUGCUCCCAUUGACCAACAACAGCAGCAGGAGGAUGAAGAGAUGCUUGUGUCGCACACUGUUCCACAUGCUGAUUUGGCUGAGAAUAAUAAUCAUCAACCUAUGGAUGUUGUUGCUCAACCUGAAACCGCCAACACUGUGGAGCCUGUCGAGGAUCCUUCACCAUCAAGAUUCACUUGGAGAAUUGACAACUUUUCAAGGGUGAAUAUGAAAAAGCUCUAUUCAGAUGUAUUUGUUGUUGGGAGUUACAAAUGGCGUGUGCUUAUUUUCCCAAAAGGAAACAAUGUGGACUAUUUGUCCAUGUAUUUGGAUGUUGCAGAUUCAACUAGUUUGCCCUACGGUUGGAGUAGAUAUGCACAGUUUAGCUUGGCAGUUGUUAAUCAAAUUCAUAAUAAGUACACUGUGAGAAAAGAUACACAGCAUCAGUUCAAUGCACGAGAAAGUGAUUGGGGUUUCACAUCCUUCAUGCCUCUUGGUGAAUUGUAUGAUCCUAGUAGAGGGUAUCUUUUGAAUGAUACUCUCAUAAUUGAAGCUGAGGUCCUUGUCCGUAAGAUUGUUGAUUACUGGACUUAUGAUUCAAAAAAGGAGACUGGAUAUGUUGGGCUUAAGAACCAGGGAGCUACAUGUUAUAUGAAUUCUCUGCUCCAAACUCUGUACCAUAUUCCUUAUUUCCGAAAGGCUGUAUACCAUAUGCCUACAACAGAGAAUGAUAUGCCCUCUGGAAGCAUCCCCUUGGCUCUGCAAAGUUUGUUUUACAAGCUCCAGUAUAGUGACACCAGUGUCGCAACAAAAGAGCUGACUAAAUCUUUUGGAUGGGAUACAUAUGAUUCUUUCUUGCAGCAUGAUGUUCAAGAACUAAAUAGAGUCCUGUGUGAAAAGCUUGAAGACAAAAUGAAGGCAACUGUUGUUGAGGGAACUAUACAGAAAUUGUUUGAAGGGCACCAUAUGAACUAUAUUGAGUGCAUCAACGUGGACUAUAAAUCAACUCGAAAGGAGUCAUUUUAUGAUCUUCAACUUGAUGUCAAAGGUUGUCCAGAUGUUUAUGCUUCCUUUGACAAGUAUGUUGAAGUUGAACGUCUUGAGGGGGACAACAAAUACCACGCUGAACAAUAUGGUUUGCAGGAUGCUAAGAAAGGUGUCCUGUUCAUCGAUUUUCCUCCAGUUUUGCAGCUUCAGCUGAAAAGAUUUGAAUAUGACUUUAUGCGGGAUACUAUGGUAAAGAUUAAUGAUCGUUAUGAGUUUCCAUUGCAACUUGAUCUUGAUCGUGACAAUGGAAAGUAUUUGUCACCUGAUGCUGAUAGGAAUGUCCGCAAUCUUUACACACUUCAUAGCGUUCUGGUUCACAGUGGUGGUGUGCAUGGCGGACAUUACUAUGCUUUUAUCAGGCCGACUCUCUCUGAUCAGUGGUACAAAUUUGAUGAUGAGAGGGUGACAAAAGAAGAUCCUAAACGGGUAUUAGAGGAGCAAUAUGGUGGUGAGGAAGAGUUACCGCAGACAAAUCCUGGAUUCAAUAACACUCCUUUUAAAUUUACCAAAUAUUCAAAUGCUUAUAUGCUGGUGUAUAUACGUGAAGCUGACAAGGAAAAAGUAAUAUGCAAUGUGGAUGAGAAAGAUAUUGCUGAGCAUUUAAGGGAGAGGUUGAAAAAAGAACAGGAAGAAAAAGAGCACAAAAAGAAAGAAAAGGCAGAGGCUCACCUCUACACUAUUAUAAAGGUGGCACGGGAUGAAGAUCUUGGAGAACAGAUCGGAAAGGAUAUAUAUUUUGAUCUGGUAGACCAUGACAAAGUGCGGAGUUUCCGUGUCCAAAAGCAGACACCAUUUAAUGUUUUCAAGGAAGAGGUUGCUAAAGAGUUUGGCAUCCCGGUUCAAUUCCAGCGCUUUUGGCUAUGGGCAAAGCGUCAAAACCAUACAUAUCGUCCUAAUCGGCCAUUGACACAAAUUGAGGAAGCACAAUCUGUUGGACAAUUGAGAGAGAUAUCGAACAAGGUUCACAAUGCAGAAUUAAAAUUGUUUUUGGAAGUCGAGCGUGGGCUGGAUUUAUGUCCCAUUGCACCACCUGAGAAGACAAAGGAUGAUAUAUUACUUUUUUUCAAGUUAUAUGAUCCUGAAAAAGAGGAGCUACGUUACGUUGGCAGACUCUUCGUGAACAGCACUGGUAAGCCAUCAGAAAUCUUAGCAAGGUUAAAUAAAAUGGCUCAUUAUGAUCCUGAUGAGGAGAUUGGACUUUAUGAGGAAAUUAAGUUUGAACCAAAUGUGAUGUGUGAGCCUAUUGACAAGAAAUUAACCUUUCGAGCAAGCCAGCUUGAAGAUGGAGAUAUUAUAUGCUUUCAGAAAGCUCCUGCUAUUGAUAAUGAGGAACAUAUCCGCUAUCCGGAUGUGCCUUCUUACUUAGAAUACGUGCACAAUCGCCAGGUUGUUCACUUCCGGUCUCUAGAUAAACCAAAGGAAGAUGACUUCUGCCUGGAGAUGUCAAGGCUUUACACAUAUGAUGAUGUUGUGGAGAGAGUAGCUGAACAACUUGGUUUGGAUGACCCAUCCAAAAUCAGGCUCACUCCACACAACUGCUACUCUCAACAACCAAAACCCCAGCCUAUCAAGUACCGAGGGGUGGACCAUUUAUCUGAUAUGCUGGUUCACUACAAUCAGACAUCUGAUAUAUUGUACUAUGAAGUACUUGACAUCCCUCUGCCAGAAUUACAAGGUUUGAAAACUCUGAAAGUUGCAUUUCACCAUGCUACUACGGAUGAAGUGGUUAUCCAUACCAUCAGGCUUCCAAAGCAAAGCACUGUGGGAGAUGUCCUUGAUGAUCUUAAAACGAAGGUUGAAUUGUCUCGUCCUGAUGCUGAGCUUAGGUUGCUUGAAGUUUUCUAUCACAAGAUAUACAAGGUUUUCCCUCCUAAUGAAAAGAUUGAAAACAUAAAUGAUCAAUACUGGACUCUACGAGCAGAGGAGAUACCAGAAGAAGAGAAAAAUCUCGGUCCUCAUGAUCGUCUAAUCCAUGUGUAUCAUUUUACUAAAGACACGACUCAGAACCAAAUGCAAAUUCAGAACUUUGGGGAACCCUUCUUCUUGGUCAUACACGAAUCUGAGACUUUGGCUGAAAUUAGAGUGCGGAUACAGAAGAAGCUACAAGUUCCUGAUGAUGAGUUUGCCAAGUGGAAGUUUGCCUUUUUUUCAUUAGGGCGUCCGGAGUACCUUGAGGACUCUGACAUUGUAUCAAGUCGUUUUCAGAGAAGAGACGUAUAUGGUGCUUGGGAGCAGUAUCUUGGCUUGGAGCAUACUGAUAAUGCUCCCAAAAGAUCCUAUGCUGCUAACCAGAAUCGUCACACAUUUGAGAAGCCAGUAAAGAUUUACAAUUAGGAAAUCUGUAUCAGUAUGGAUGAGAUAUCGUUUUGCAUGGGAUGAAUUCAGCGUUCUUCUUCAUCUAUGGGCUUGUAAAAACAGGGAAUGUAGCAAAAGGCUAACUCUGCUUAGGCCAACUUUUGAAAUCAGUGGUGGAGGUGGUGUGUGCAGUUUUUUUAUAUUAGAACUGUGAUAUGUAAUUCUUUCUUUUGAUGGAUUGACAUUGCUCUCUACACUGUGUAUCUGCCGACCACAACUCCUUGAGCUUUUUGCUACUUCCCAUUGGUGUAUGGAAGUUGUUCUUCAUGUCGAGGUCCUUGAUCAUCAUCACUGCACUGCACUGCACUGUAUCAGUACAUAAGAUUUUUUUUUUUGGAUUACCGAGUGUAUACAAGGUAUAGUUGGUUGACUCUUUUUGUUAUCUUGGUUGCUUCCAGAUUUUGUUCAGUUAGCAGUGUUAUUUCUAGCGAGCCCUGCAAAAUGGUGUAGAAAAAAAGUUCAUGUAGUGUUGUAAAGGAGACUUCUGCAGCCUCCAUAUACUCGACGUUAGCUUAAAAUGUUAUGCAGCACCAUUUGGUUCAUCUCUUGUGGCUGGCUGUUUUAAUAUUUUCUGCCCAUACUCUUGUUGGGAUUUGUAUAAAAGGAUCUUAAGUUUUUCUAA